AUAAUUCCCCCAAUCCCAACUCAUGAUGUUCCAUUCUUAAAAUUUCUUUUUUUGCAUUCCAAUAAUCAAGAGCCAGACUACGUAUAUACAAGUUGUGGCCUGUGGGUUUUCGAUAAUAAGGUCACAGUGGGGACACGCAUUUUAACGUACUUGUAAUUGAUCGGGUAAUGGGAUGGCUUCCAAUCCGUUGACUAAUAGAUAUGACUCACAUAUAACUAAAAUAUCACCUAAGGAAAAGCUUACGCAGGUCAGCCAUAGAUAGAAAUUUAUACUUAUGACUCCAGCCUAAGACCACUUCUUAGAAAACCUGCCUCUUUUGGUCCUUACAACGUGUCUCAAAUGAACACAAAUAAUGCAAAACUAACCCAUGAAGGUAUUAUAUGUUCCGCCUUUCCUCAGACACAAGAAAACAACAAUGGAUAUACCAUUCAUGUUUUUACUACUCUUAGGUGUUCUACUUGUUCAAUUGUCAGAAUCUAAAGCAGUAGACAGCAUUUAUGCAAAUCAAGCUAUCAAAGAUGAUGGCAAUACGAUUGUUUCCCGUGGUGGGAAGUUCAAGUUAGGAUUUUUUAGUCCCGGAAAAUCCAAGUAUCGGUAUGUGGGGAUAUGGUUCAACAAUAUAUCAGUUUGUACUCCCAUUUGGGUUGCAAACAGGGAGACGCCGAUUGCUGAUAAAACGGGCAUCUUCAUACUCACUCAUGAAGGAGAACUGAUUAUAUCGGCAGAUGGUGGACAUACUAAAAUCUGGUCAUCCAAUUCGACGUCCUUGGCUAUGAUCAAUCCAGUUGCACGGAUUCUAGACACCGGAAAUCUUGUUCUUUGGGACAAUACUAGUACCAAUAAUCAAAACCUGAUUUGGCAGAGUUUUGAUUAUAUGGGUGACACAUUUAUAGCAGGGAUGAAAAUUGGAAAGAAUUUAGUAACAGGGUUAGAAUGGUCCAUGACAUCCUGGAAGAGUCCUGAUGAUCCUUCUCAGGGUGAAUAUAUACAUUACUUAGAUACAAAUGGAUAUCCACAAAUGUAUGGGAGGAAAGGUAAGGUUUUGAGAUGGAGAAUUGGACCAUGGAAUGGUCUCGGAAAUAGUGGCAUUCCUAGUGACACUCCAAAUAAAAUUUACGCAAUGGAGUUUGUUCAUAAUCAGAAAGAAAUGUAUCAAACAUAUGAACUGAAAACUUCAAUUAUUCAACGGGUACAGCUGACUUGGGACGGGAAGAUACUGCAAAUGCAUUGGAUAGAGCGACUGCAAGAGUGGAUUGUGUAUGCAGAUGUUGGAGUUGACAGUUUUAACCGUUAUGGAGUAUGCGGUCCUUAUGGAAGCAAUAACAUCAAUAUGCGUCCCUUUUGUAGUUGUUUGAAAGGUUUCGAACCAAGAUUUCCAGAUGAGUGGGAAGCAUCAGAUUGGUCAGGCGGAUGUCAACGGAAAAAACCUUUAGAUUGUGCAAGUGGAGAUGGCUUCUGGAAGAUAUCAGGAGUGAAACUUCCAGACACACGACAUUCAUGGUACAAUGUGAGCAUGAGCUUAGGUGAAUGCGAGAUGACUUGCAGAAGGAGUUGCAAUUGUACAGCUUAUGCAAAUUUAGAUAUUAGGGGAAGUGGGUGUUUGUUAUGGUUUGGUGAGCUUAUGGACAUCAGAGAGUAUGAUGAAAAACACAAUCUUUACAUAAGAAUGGAUGCCUCUGAAUUAGCAGGACAUAAUAUAUCGCAAUUUAGCUACAAGAGGAAGAAAGAAGUGAUCAUGGUAGUGCUCUCAAUUAUCUCAGCUGUGCUGUUACUGUUGUUUGCAGUCGCGUAUGCUUGUAAGAAGAGAAGACCUUACAUGAAACAAAGAGGAAUCUGGGAUGCACUUAAUAAAAAGAAUAAAAGUGUUCAGAUGGAAGAUACUGAUGACUUGCCUUUUUUUAGCCUGUAUGAAGUAGCUAAGGCUACUAAAAACUUUAGUAUCGAUAACAAGAUUGGAGAAGGGGGCUUUGGUCUUGUUUACAAGGGUAUUUUGGUAGAUGGGCGAGAGGUAGCUGUGAAAAGGCUCUCCGAAUCAUCUAAGCAAGGGCUUGAGGAAUUCAAGAACGAGAUAAUGUGUAUUGCCAAACUUCAGCACCGAAAUCUUGUAAAGAUUCUCGGAUAUUGCAUUCAUGGAAAUGAAAUGAUUCUGAUUUAUGAAUACAUGGCUAACAAAAGCCUGGACUCGUUUCUAUUUGACGAAACCAGAAGUUUGAUGCUUGACUGGCCUCGCCGUUUUCAAAUUAUCCACGGGAUGGCUCGAGCUAUUCUUUAUCUGCAUCAAGAUUCCCGCCUCCAAAUCAUCCAUAGAGAUCUCAAGGCAGGCAAUGUUCUGUUGGAUGCUGACAUGAACCCAAAAAUCUCUGACUUUGGCCUUGCUAGAAAGUUUUUCGGAUCUGAUGAUACUUUCACCAAGACAAAGAACGUGGUGGGAACCUAUGGUUACAUUUCUCCGGAGUAUGCAGUACAUGGGAAAUUCUCCACAAAGUCGGAUGUAUUUAGCUUUGGUGUUUUGGUGUUGGAGAUAGUAAGUGGUAAAAAAAACAGAGGAUUCUCUCAUCAAGAUCACGGUGACAACCUUCUUGGGCAUGCAUGGAGACUUCACAAAGAAAACAGGUCAAUUGAACUCAUGAGUGCGUCUUUACAUGACUCGGGCGUCAUAUCUGAAGUACUACGAUCAAUACAUGUUGGGCUAUUAUGUGUGCAACAUCAUGCAGAAGAUAGACCCCCUAUGAUGUCGGUGAUUCUGAUGCUCAUCAGUGAGGGUGUGUUGCCUGAACCUAAACAACCUGCCUUUUUCACAGGAGAAAGUCAUGGUGAAGUUCGGUCAAUGUCAUCAGCUGAUGAAUACAUGAUAACGCAAUUGAUUGCUCGAUAGAAAGCACAUGUUAAUGACAAAUUUACAAAUACCAGCAACAGUUUGUUAGUAAUAUCUAUAUAUAUAUAUAGUUGAAGCAUGUGGUUUUCUAGAGUUUUUUGUACAGACAGGGCGAAAUUACAUAUUUUUGGUGCUUCUAGUAAUUUCGUCGAAGAAAGUAGGAAGUCCGGUGUUGUGACUUAUCCAUAUCAUCCAAAUACGGUGUCCAUAACACCGAACUUAAUCUAGGUGGAGCACUUUUUCAAUUCUUCAAGCAUGUUGUCUUUUACGUAUUAAUUAAUUGAAGUGAAUGAGGUCUCUAAUUAAUUAAA